AUGUCAAGGCAGCUUUUGCUUACAGAGAAAGAUCUGAAUAUUUCAAAGGAUGAUAUUCGACGAGCAGAAAGCAUCAUUCACGAAAAAGAUGAAAUAAUUAAGCGGAUGGAAAUGCUGAAUACAGGAGCAAAAGAACAUAAUGAACAACUGAAAAAUGAGAUUUCAAUUUUGAAGAAAGAACUCAGCAGAUUUCAAACAGAAGCAGCGGGUCUACGAGAAGAUCAACUGAAGCUACAGUCGUCAUUUGCGGCAUCGGAGCGGAGAAACACUGCUUUGAAAGGAAAAGUAGCCCAGCUUCAAUCUCCACAUUCGACGCGUACUGCUUCUGCUGUUUCACAAACGAACAAAAAGAUAAUUGCUCAGUCUGGAAGAAACACGAGAACAGGUUUUCAGGGCUCGGAGGAUGAGAAGAUAUCCUUACUUGUCGCUGGAUAUGAAAGAAAAUGUUUACAAGGCAUAAUUAUAUUAAACGGCGUUUGA